AUGACGACCGGCAACACCGGGCAUCAAGCGCCUACCACGGGGGCGGGAACCAGUCCGGGACUGGGGUGCCGCUCGCUGGGGCGUCCACUCUGCCAACGGUGGCAGGGGCCCGACUUGAUCGCCCAAGCGGGCGCAGGGCCAGAACUCGACGCCUACCUACAGGCGCGGAACAUUCAUCGCACAGCCACCCUGGCGGUGAUGGGCGCCGACCUCGACCAGUUCAAGAAGGCUGUCGUCGCUCCAUGGGCGGCGGGCUACACCGACUCGGCGCGCAACACCGCCAUUGACGCCGCCACGGUGGCCAAACCGGCCGUGCCGACUCUGGGCGCCCUUUCAGUGGCCACCGCCUUCGGGCGGAGAAGUUUCUCAGAGAAGGUGCGCAAGGACUUCCCGCAGUGGGCGGACCAGAUCGAGCUCUACAAUAAGCGCCUCCUCGGGAGCGAGCGCCGCGAGUUCCCGGUCAAGGAACUCCUGG